AUGCUUCCUACCAUUGCACUCUUGGCCCUCGCCACUUCGGCGCAUGCCCAUAUUGCAUCUUGGAACAAGGGCAUGUUUUGCAAGGGAGGCAAUGAUCCAAACGUGGACGACCAAAACACCAACCUCGCAGUGCGACCCUUAUAUGACCUGCCCAAGUCCAAGUGGUGGAUGCAAGCAGACCGCGGCUGUGAUAAAGUCCCACCCCCUAACGGCGAGUUCCUCGAACUGCCGGCAGGCAAGUCUUUCAUGACAGAGCUGGCCAACAACCGCGCCUUCACAACCCUGUCCUAUGGGGGCAGCAAGACGACCAAGUGGCAAGAUGGCGACAACCGCGAGAUGCCUUGGCGUGGACCGGGAGAUCCUCCUGGCUGCCUGGGUGACAACCCUGACAAAAAGGGCGGAGAACUUCACACUCAUAGCAUUGAGACGACGGGCGGGACCGCAUGGGCAAUCUCAUAUGAGAGUGACCUGUCCAAAGUCAGCAUGGACAACCUCGUCGUCUUCUCCGUCCGCUACCACACUCCGUUCUUUCGCGAGACCUGGUACGACGUUCCUGCGGACCUCCCUGCCUGCCCGGAGGAGGGAUGCUACUGCGCGUGGCUCUGGAUCCCCGAUGGUUGCGGCGAGCCAAAUAUGUACAUGCAAAACCACCGGUGCAAGGUUACCGGCAGUAACUCGAGCAAGAAGCUUGCGAAGCCCAAGGCACCGGUCUGGUGCAAGGACGAACCGUCUAAAUGUGUCACUGGCGCGAAGCAGAUGAUGGCCUGGCACCAGGCCGAGGGAAACAACGUCGACCCGCCCAACGGUCAAUCACCAACGUACAAUCAGCGCAUGGGCUUCAUGGAUGGUGCGCAAAACGACAUCUUCGAGUAG